AUGAAACAGCAAGCAACAGUUGCCAUGGAUGGUGCCUCACAGGUGCCUCAGGACUCCUACCGUGCUUUGAAAGAUAUCGUUGCAGGUACUGCGGGUGGUAUAGCUCAAGUUUUAGUGGGCCAGCCUUUUGAUACCACUAAAGUAAGAAUUCAGUCUGCUCCUCCGGGUACCUACUCAAAUUCUUGGGAUGUUGUUAAGAAGUUACUCAGAGACGAAGGUCCAGCUGCUUUCUACAAGGGAACCCUUACACCGUUGGUUGGUAUUGGUGCAUGCGUUUCUGUUCAGUUCGGUGUCAACGAGUUCAUGAAGAGAUACUUCUAUACUCGGAAUGAAGGAGGAAGAAUGUCAUUGGGGCAGUUUUUUGUUGCAGGAUCGGUUUCAGGUAUUGCUAAUUCUUUCUUUGCCAGUCCCAUAGAGCAUAUUAGGAUUAGAUUGCAGACUCAAACUACUGGUCCCAAAGUUUUCCAAGGUCCUAUAGAUGUGAUCAAGAAACUAUAUACCGAGGGUGGUAUACCGUUGAUUUAUAGAGGCUUGGGUGCCACUUUACUUCGUGAAUUUAUCGGUGCGGGUGUCUAUUUCCUGACAUAUGAAGGAUUAGUUCAGAGAGAAAUGGAUAGGAAUAACAAAUUGAGAAAGGAUGUGGAAAGCUGGAAGAUGUGUGGUUAUGGAGGCCUGGCUGGAUACAGUAUGUGGGCAUCCAUCUACCCUGUAGACGUGAUCAAAUCAAACAUGCAGGUGGACCACUACAAAAAUCCGAAGUUCAAGACAUAUGUUGAUUCUGCGAAGUUCAUUUUCCGAAAGUUCGGCUAUAGAGGAUUCUUCAAAGGUUUUGUUCCUACGAUGCUUCGAGCUGCUCCAGCAAAUGCUGCCACUUUCAUGGUGUUUGAGGAAGUUAUGAGGCUGCUCGGAUGA